UGAGUUUGAGUUAUCCAUUUUUGCCAAGCUUUUGAAAAACGGUUCGAUGUCUUGUACGUAUGAUAUAAGAUGAGAACUUUAUAAAGUAUUCCGUCCAAGAGCCUAAACGAUGACUACCCCUGCGCUGCUGCCCCUGUCUGGUCGUAGGAUACCACCUCUGAACCUGGGGCCGCCCUCCUUCCCACACCACAGGGCUACCUUGAGACUCUCUGAGAAGUUUAUCCUUCUCCUUAUUCUUAGUGCCUUCAUCACCCUGUGUUUUGGGGCAUUCUUCUUCCUUCCAGACUCUUCAAAACACAAACGUUUUGAUCUGGGCUUAGAAGAUGUGUUAAUUCCUCACGUAGAUGCCGGCAAAGGGGCUAAAAACCCCGGAGUCUUCCUGAUCCAUGGGCCCGACGAACACAGACACAGGGAAGAAGAAGAGCGUCUGAGAAAUAAGAUUCGAGCUGAUCAUGAGAAGGCUCUGGAAGAAGCAAAAGAAAAAUUAAGGAAGUCAAGAGAAGAAAUCCGUGCUGAAAUUCAAACAGAGAAAAGUAAAGUAGCUCAAGCAAUGAAGAUAAAAGAGACCAGGGUACUGCCACCCGUCCCUGUCCCACAGCGUGUAGGGGUCAGUGGUGGAGACCCAGAAGACAAUGAGAUCAGGAAGAAAAGAGAAAAAAUUAAAGAGAUGAUGAAGCAUGCCUGGGAUAAUUACAGAACGUAUGGAUGGGGACAUAAUGAGCUCAGACCUAUUGCAAGGAAAGGGCACUCCACUAACAUAUUUGGAAGCUCACAGAUGGGUGCCACCAUAGUGGAUGCUUUGGAUACCCUUUACAUCAUGGGACUUCAUGAUGAAUUCAUGGAUGGACAAAGAUGGAUUGAAGACAACCUUGAUUUCAGCGUGAAUUCAGAGGUGUCUGUAUUUGAAGUUAACAUUCGAUUUAUUGGAGGCCUCCUCGCAGCAUAUUACCUGUCAGGAGAGGAGAUAUUCAAGACUAAAGCAGUGCAACUGGCUGAGAAACUCCUUCCUGCCUUUAACACACCUACUGGGAUUCCCUGGGCAAUGGUCAAUCUGAAAAGUGGAGUAGGUCGAAACUGGGGCUGGGCGUCUGCAGGUAGCAGCAUUCUGGCUGAAUUUGGUACAUUGCAUAUGGAGUUUGUCCACCUCAGCUACCUGACUGGUGACUUGAUUUACUACAAAAAGGUCAUGCACAUUCGGAAACUACUCCAGAAAAUGGAACGCCCAAAUGGUCUUUAUCCAAAUUAUUUAAACCCAAGAACAGGGCGCUGGGGUCAGUAUCACACAUCAGUUGGUGGUUUGGGAGACAGUUUUUAUGAAUACUUGCUGAAAGCGUGGCUGAUGUCAGAUAAAACAGACCAUGAGGCAAGAAGGAUGUAUGAUGAUGCUGUUGAGGCUAUAGAAAAACAUCUUAUUAAGAAAUCCAGAGGAGGUCUUGUCUUCAUUGGAGAAUGGAAGAAUGGACACUUGGAAAGGAAAAUGGGUCAUUUGGCCUGCUUUGCUGGGGGAAUGUUUGCACUUGGAGCAGAUGGUUCCAGAAAGGACAAAGCAGGUCACUAUUUAGAACUAGGGGCAGAAAUUGCACGAACAUGCCAUGAGUCAUAUGACAGAACUGCGUUAAAACUAGGUCCCGAAUCAUUCAAGUUUGAUGGUGCAGUGGAAGCUGUGGCUGUGCGGCAAGCUGAAAAGUAUUACAUCCUCCGUCCAGAAGUAAUUGAAACCUAUUGGUAUCUAUGGCGAUUCACCCAUGACCCAAGAUACAGGCAAUGGGGCUGGGAAGCAGCACUGGCUAUUGAAAAGUAUUGCCGAGUCAGUGGUGGGUUUUCUGGAGUCAAGGAUGUGUACUCCCUCACGCCCACGCAUGAUGAUGUACAGCAGAGCUUCUUUCUUGCUGAAACAUUAAAAUACUUGUACCUGCUGUUCUCUGGUGAUGACCUUCUACCUUUAGACCACUGGGUGUUUAACACAGAGGCUCAUCCUCUGCCGGUGUUGCACUUAGCCAAUACCACCCUUUCAGGUAAUCCUGCUGUUCGAUGAACACAGCUCCAGAAGGACCAUUCUUACCUGUGUUUUGUUUACAUGGACCACUACAGAAAUUGUCUGGAGAGGCGGCUUUGAAAACUUGGACCUCUGUGUCACCAUGCCGGAUGAAACUCUCCCCUGCAAGACUUUUCACUUGUAGAUACAUCAACUUUGAAAUUAUUCCAUUUUAUACCUGACCAAAACAUGUUCUGGUACAUGUAGGACGGAGGCCUGUUGUUCUCUGACUUUUAAUGAGAUGACCACAUGAGAAAUAAUGUCUUAUUCUGUAUCAUUAGUGCAAGCCAAGAACAUAGAACACCUUCCAGGAGUUAGAGGUGGCUUUUGGAAUCAAUUACACAUUUGUUUCCUCCCACAGUGGAGCAGCUUUCAAAUCAAAUAUUACACAUUGCUUAAUCCCUCUCCUCCAUUUUAAUAAUAAUGGGACAAACUGAAGUGAACAAGAACAAAGGAACAGUGUAACUACAUUGGUAGCAGGAAGACUUGGAGAAGAAACAGAUACCUGGCCAUGUCUGAUUUUUCAAGCUCCCCAUUGGAUUUUUAGCAGACUGGUGACCAUUUCGUUCCCAACCUAGUUCAUUGAAAUCUGUUUAGAUUUAGUUUUUCUCUGGGGGGCAUGAUCUCAUGAAGAAAACUUUUCAAGUUUCUUGUCUCUCCAUAUGGUAUGCUGAAACUGGUAUUUAUCAUGACUGCUGCUUAUGAGCCCGAGUGUGGGAGUGUGCAUGUAGCUCACGCUAGUGUUGGUAGCAUGCAGAAGGCAGGGAAAGUGCCAGUUUGUUGCCUUGAAACCUGUUCUAAGGAAUCCCUUGAUUUUGUUGGCAGAAAAUUAUUCAAGCAAAGAAACCUGCUUUAAUUACUAACGCAGUUAAUAGAGUUGUUUACUCUACAACUUCAUGUGGCUUGGCAAAAUUCACUAUACUGUUUUGCAGCUCUGCAUUUGCUAGAAUAAGCUGAAUAGCUUUCACAACUUACUAAAGCAAAAGCAAAACAUCUCAACAUCCCUCAAGCAAGAGUCGGGUCCCUUAUUUAAUUACCUCACAGGUGUGAGCUACUCACAAAGAUUUUCUGUGUUUAAGUUUCUCCAAGAAUAUUAUAUAUCCAAAGAAUUAAUAGAAUAGCUUCAAAAUAAUUUCCAGUGGCAAAUGUGUGAUAUUAAUCAUAAUUAAUAUCACAUAAUUAAUCAUAAUCACUAAAACUGGCAUAAACCUAAGGGACUUACAGAUAUUCUAGGGUAUUUUGGGUUUUUUGGGGGUUUUUUUGUUGUUGUUGUUGUUGGGUUUUUUGUUUGUUUUUUUGUUUUGUUUUUUUUUUGUUUGUUUGUUUUGUUUUUUGGUUAUUAUUGCUCUGUAUUUGGGGGGAUAAAUUUUAUCAAGAACUAUAAGAUAAACUUUUUGUCCCUUGAAUUUCUAUGACUACAUGGGUAAUUUUCCCCUCCUUUUUAUUUAGUACAGACAUCAUUUAUUGAUGAUAAUAAAACUUGAGAACACUAUAAUCUAAUAUUUACUUUGAAUUUGAAUAUUUGAUGAAACAGUUUAUUCAUGAGCUCUGCUUUGGAAUUUUGGAAGCUUAUUUCCUUGGUUGGUGGCUUUUCUUUCUAGCCCUCUACUAGCAUAUACCAGAUUUAAAUUGUGGAAACAGUCAAUGCAAUCAUACAUAUAAAGAUGACCGUCUUAUACCAUAAAUCAUCUGAUCCUCAGAGUUCAGCCAGUGCUCUAGAAGCUUUCACCUCACACUUGUUCAGUAUUCAUAGAAGACAACAUGGAGAGCGCGAGUUCUAGCACAUUUCAAAAUUGUAAUAUCUUUUACUACUUGAAAAUUUUACAAUGUAAAUGAGAAAGGCUAUUACUUUAGAAGAGAAAGAGAAGGUUUUGGUUCUCAGAAGAAAAACAAAGUGAGCCUUCCAAAACCAACACAAGCCCACUCACAAGUCAAGAUAACAUAAAUGUCGGAGGUGGCAGAGACCAGAGCAGCAAGCAGGGAACCAGCCAUCUUUCACUUUGUUCACACCAGUGCAGUGAAGGUGCCAUCUUGGUUCCCCAGGAAUUCUUACAGGAGACAGAACAGCAGCACCUCCCACUCCCACUCAGUGCUCUUGUCCUUCACAUGAUUCCAGAGCAUAAGAGAGAAGACAUGGGUGUGAGCAGGGCAUGGUUCACACGAAGAUCUUAAGAUUGUCAUUUUAAUACGCCAACUUUGUAAUGAGAACUCUGAGCUUACAAUGAUGCUUUUUCUUCUCUGAAUACCAAAGGCAUUAAAAGUCAGGUGUAAAUGA